GUCUUUGCCUCUGCGUUUUGGGGUUUUAGGGUUUUUACAGUAUCUACGAUUCUCUCUCUCACACUUACACGGACAAAAAACCCCUAAACGCCAUGACUGCUCAGCAGCAAGAAGAGCUUCUUGCUGCUCAUCUCGAACAGCAAAAGAUUGAGCCAGAUGAGCCUGUGGUUGAAGAUGAAGAAGAAGAAGAUGAUGAUGAGGAUGAGGAUGAUGAUGACAAGGAUGAAGAUGAUGCUGAAGGUCAGCAAGGAGAUGCUAGUGGUAGGUCAAAGCAGAGCAGAAGUGAGAAGAAGAGUCGCAAAGCAAUGUUGAAGCUUGGAAUGAAGCCCAUCCCAGGUGUCAGCCGUGUGACUGUCAAGAAAAGCAAGAAUAUUCUAUUUGUGAUUUCAAAGCCAGAUGUUUUCAAGAGCCCUACAUCAGACACAUAUGUUGUUUUUGGGGAGGCAAAGAUUGAGGACUUGAGCUCACAGUUACAGACACAAGCUGCAGAGCAGUUCAAGGCUCCUGAUCUAAGCCAUGUUGUAUCUAAGCCUGAAUCAUCGGCCAUGGCUCAGGAGGAUGAAGAGGUCGACGAGACAGGUGUGGAACCCAAGGACAUAGAGUUGGUGAUGACACAAGCUGGAGUCUCUAGGUCGAAGGCUGUGAAAGCUCUCAAAGCUGCUGAUGGGGAUAUUGUGUCUGCCAUCAUGGAGCUAACAAAUUAAUAGCCCACCCUGUUUGUCUCCACUGUGUGACGUGUAAGCAUUUUCCUAUUUAUGCCUUUUCCCCUACAGAUUGUGUGGUUAGAAAUCACUCUACAUUUUUUUUUCAUCUUCUCUUUCACUUUUCUUGUUUACUUGUGUUGUACUAGUAGUAAACAAGCAAUUCACUUUUCAUCUGUCAUGGUUAUUUUGGUGUCCUAGAUUUUGACGUGGAAGGAGAAAAAAAUGAAUAGAAGGGUCUUGGUAUA